AUGAGGCAAGACAACGCGACGGAACGGCCACCGACCAAAGAAGCGACCCCGGCCACCGCAAGACCCGGGGAAACCAGCCGUCGAGAAACGACCACGCAUCACGGCGACCUCGAGCCCCAAUCCGACACCGAGGACGAAGACGAGGAAAUCCACCGGCUGCAGACCGAGCGGGACCGCCGGGACCGCCGGGGAUGUAAGUCGAGUUUCCACAUUGCGAAAAGCGGGGGCACAUCGCCAAGCUACAGCCCACAGCGGCGAGGCAACAGCCCGCGACGACGAGACAGCACCCCCCCCAGGCACCGAGACCGACCAACCGAGAGCUGGUGGAGCCGCGACAGCCACAGCCGACGAUUCAGCGAAGCACAGCAGCGCGAGGAAACCCACCAGACGGUCGUCAUCGGCCAUUCUUCAACCACGGACGCCCGGAAGGUACACGUGGCCCUGCUCAUCGAGGACCAGCCCUGCGAGAUGGAAGUGGACUCCGGGUCCUACCUCUCAAUGGUUUCGUGGCGCACAAUCAAGCACCUAGUCCCGACCAUCCGCCGCAACGAGCUAGACGACCAGAAGCUAAUCCUGAAAGACUACCAGGGAAACCGCAUCCCUGUGGUCAGCAUUGGGCACUUCAAGGUCGCUUUCAAGAACCACACCGACAUCUUGCCACUCACAAUCGUGGACCGGGACCGCCCCAGCUUGCUCGGCCUGCAAUGGUUCGCCCCGCUGGGCAUCGAGGUGAUGGGCAUCCAUCACACAGACGAGGCCAACUGGGAAGCGACCCUCGUAAAAGAAUUCCAGGAGGUCUUCGACAACUCGCUAGGCAAGUACCGAGGGCCCCCUAUAUCUUUCAACCUUAACCCCAACAUCGCCCCGAUCCGCCUCAAACCUCGGCGAGUGCCUUUUGUGCUCAAACCGAAAAUCGACGAGCAGCUAGACAAGCUCGUUGCGCAAGGGGUACUAGAACCCAUCGACCAUGCCCGUUGGGAGACGCCUAUAGUCACCCCCAUCAAACCCGAUGGCUCCAUAAGAAUUUGCGGGGACUACAAGGCCACCCUCAAUCACGCGCUGCAGCAAAGCGCCUACCCCGUCCCAGUAGUACAGCACCUUCUGCACUCACUGGGGGGAGGCUGGGUCUUCGCAAAACUCGACUUGGCACAAGCGUAUCAGCAAUUGCCGGUCGAUGCGGAGACAGCUGAAGCGCAAACGAUUGUUACACACCGGGGGGCUUUUCGGUGCAACCGACUCCAAUUUGGAGUCAGCGUCGCUCCAGGAGUUUUUCAAAGUCUCAUGGAAAGACUCCUCCAGGGAAUAAAAGGGGUGGUUCCCUACUUCGAUGACGUGCUGAUCGCAGCCGCCAACAGAGAACAAUUGGAGACCCGUUUAAGGGCAGUGCUUAACAAAUUCAAAGAUGCCGGCCUUAAAGUCAAAAGAGACAAGUGCCAACUCCACACCGAGAGGGUCGAGUUCCUGGGGUACCUCCUGGACCGGCACGGAAUACACCCAACUGGGAAGAAACUCAGAGCCAUCAAGGAAGCCCCCACACAAACAAACAAGGCGGAACUACAGGCAUUCUUGGGACUGCUUAACUUUUACAAUGUUUUCCUACCCCAAAAGGCGACCGUGGCGGAACCCCUACACCGGCUACUCGAUAAAACGGCCACCUGGACCUGGGGGAAGCGGGAGGAGACUGCGUUCCAACGAACAAAAAACCUGCUAAUAUCGGACGCAGUCCUGAUCCAGUAUAGCGAGACCCUCCCGCUCACGGUAACGUGCGAUGCAUCACCGUUCGGCAUCGGAGCAGUCCUCAGCCACACCCUACCCAACGGGAAGGAAGCACCCAUCGCCUUCUUCUCCCAAAUGCUGGCCAAACCGGAAAGAAAUUACAGUCAACUGGACAAAGAAGCCCUCGCCAUCGUCGCCGGAGUGAAAAGGUUCCACGAAUACCUUUAUGGUAGGGACUUCUCUAUCAUUACAGACCACAAGCCCCUGCUCGGGAUACUCGCAGGGAACAAGGCCACCCCGAACAUCCUGUCGCCCCGGAUGACGAGGUGGUCCGAGUUCCUUGCCGCAUACUCAUACGAACUAUCACACCGGCCCGGCAAGAACAUUCCGCACGCUGACGCACUAAGCCGGUCACCACUACCCAACCUAGACGACGACCCAGCGCCCACAACGACGACCCUGCAAAUCGAGACCCUACCCAGCCCACUCUUAACCGCGCCAGACAUUGCCCAUGAAACAAAUAAAGACAAAUGGCUGGCGCGGGUAUUGAGCUGGGUAGAGCGAGGGUGGCCAGAAAGCGACGGCGGCGAGCAGUUCAGAGCCUUCCGAAACCGCCAAACUGAGCUGUUCUCACAAAGGGGGUGCAUACUCUGGGGCGACCGGGUAGUCAUACCGGAAGCACUACAAGACAGAGUGUUGGCAAUGCUGCACGAGGGACACCCAGGGAUCGUCAAGAUGAAAGCCCUGGCCAGAAGCUACGCUUGGUGGCCAGGGAUGGACAAACAAAUCGAGAACACGGUCUACGCAAAGAACUUCACGGGAGACCCCCUCUGGGUUCCCGCACAAAUAACACAGGUAACCGGGCCCCGAUCAUACAGACUCCAAACGACAGACGGAAAGAGCUGGAAACGGCACAGCGACCAGCUA